AUGGGGAGGAAAGGCGGGGGGCGGAAAGGGUUCAUGAAGGCCGCGAUGGCGCCCGGUGGUGAUCCGGAGCCAGAGCCGCAGGAGGCGUCUGUUCAGCCGGAUGAAGCGGGGGUCGAAGAGGAAAAGGAUGACGGCGCGGCUGCGGAGAGGGAGCCAAGCGCGGAGGUGGAUGCACAGAGUGAGGGCGAGGCGAGCGCUGCUCCGAAGAAGGAGACGUUGGGACAGAUGAAGCAGCGGCACAAGAUGGAGGCCAAGCAGCUGAAGGACCAGGCGAAGAAGAUGGGGAAGAAGGGCAAGGAUCAAGUGAGGAAGCUGGAGGCGGAGAUGCAGGAGCGCCACGAGCGCGAGCUGGCGAGCAUGGAGGGGGGGGACGACGGCGUUGCUGAAGCAAUCGAGGCGAUUGCCUCGACGUCCCUAUACGGCGCCGGAGGGGGUCCAGACGGCCCGAAGAAGCAGAGCAAGGCGAUGAAGAAGCGCGAGAAGCAGCACGCGGAGGCGAAGGCCCGCGACGAGCGCAUCAUCAACGAACUGGACACGCUGGGUGAAACGGAGCGCAUGGCCGAGGGACGCGCCCUCCGCGACGCCCUGGAGCCCAAGGGGCUCAAGAUCCACGACAUCCCAUCGGACGGGCACUGUCUGUACCGCUCCAUCGGCUGCCAGCUCGGCGACAGCGCGACACAGCCCGACCACUGGGUGUUGCGCAAACAGGCGGCAGCGUGGAUCCGCGAGCACCCGGACGACUUCCUGCCGUUCAUCGCGGAGGACGACGCCGCGGGCGAGCCCGAGGAGCGCCUGGAGACGUACUGCAACGAGCUGGAGAGCACUGCAGCCUGGGGAGGCCACCUGGAGCUCCUGGCACUGUCAUGCAGCCUGAAACGCAAGAUCGUGGUCCACAGCGCGUCGGCGCCGGAGGUGCACGUCGGCGAGGACUUCACGGAGGAGCCCCCGCUGCUGCUGUGCUACCUGCAGCACGCGUUCGGCCUCGGACAGCACUACAACGCCGUCGUGCCUGCGUCGUAG